GCUAUCGUAUUCCAGGAAACACCCACGCUUCCAAGAAUCAAGAAGCAUCAACUUUCAUUAUUCAUUUACUUUACGACGUCUACUGUGUUGAACGCUCUGCCAAAAGAACACAAAAUCAAGUUCGUAGUUUCUGUAGAGAUGAUCUUACGAGAAUUGUACGAAUAUUCUGUACACGCUAGCCUGUAGCUUCAUGGACGCUUUUAAAUUUUAAUGAUGAAAGAACCGGAAAAACAUUGCACAGCUUGUCAUGGUGAUUAUGCGCAUAAAUGUUUUUCUGCACAUUUUUUAUUGUUCUAUUUAGCUCCACUUCCGUUGGAAUACUUGGAAAUUAUCUGCUGUCUUCCUGGUAUUUGUCUGUUGUUAUAAUAGCAAUAGCUGAACAAGAAGCGUUUGUGUCGCGGGUAUACUGUCAAUCUUGCGCAAAAACGAACACCUGAAUUGCUGAGAGGACGAAAUCAUGAAAUGCCAUCUCUGUAAAGAAAGUAAACUUUCAAAAGAAUUUCCAUUCUACCCUUUGACAAAGAAUUGUGAUCAUCCAUUACUUCACUGCCUUGAUUGUGCAACAGAAUCUGUGAAGAAUCAUCACAAAUGUUCCCAGUGCGAGACUCCGGUGGGAGAAGACAAUGAGAUAUAUCAGGAGUAUUUAGAAACACUGGAUUUCCUCUUCCCUCCUGAAGAAGUAAAAACAGAACGCCUGCCCAACACCGCUGUUUCCGGUCAAUUUUACGUGAAAACCAUGUCUGGUGAGUCUGUGACCCUCUCGUACAACCCUUUCAAGAGAAUUCACGACAUCAAGAAGGAAGUCGAACGCCAGCUUAAAACGCCGCCUGAAAAACAACGUUUACUUUACCAGAACAAGGAGCUAAAGGUAAGAAAUAAAGAUCGUGAUUUGAUGACAUUAAGAGAUCACAAUGUUCUACCAAACAGCACAGUGCAUCUUAUCAUUGUCCUGUAUGCUGUGUCAGAUGAACUGGACAAAGUUGUUUUUGAUUUUUGCUGGGGAUUACCAAGUUCGCGAUCGUAUGACUACUUGGAUGUUUCAGUGUUUAUCUACAGUGGUAGAUCCAAUCUUGGUCACAUUUGGUACCGAAGAACCUCUCUAUUAACCUGUCCUGGUGUUGUACACUCCGGCCCAGCAGGGAUGGUUCACCUUUCCCGAGAAGGUCGACAAAAAGUCACAGUCAAUUUAAAGUCUCUUCCACAUCAUGUUGAUAAACUAGUGUUUACACUAAGUGCUUGGGCUGCACCCACAAUCUCAGAAUAUCCCUACUACAGACUCAACUUUUAUGAUGUCAACUUUCCUAACAAGCAAUUGUGCAGUGAACGGGUUGACGUCCAUACGCAAUACCACAAAUCAAUUAUUAUGUGUUGUUUGUCAAAGAAGAACGAAAAGUGGGAUGUUUUAGAAGUAAAGAAAGGUUCUGAUGGAUUUACAAGAAACUAUUACCCCUUGGAACGAAAAAUUGAAACACUCAUUAAUGAUGGAUACCUUUGAACUGCAUGUUGAGAAGUAUUCAGGUUUUUGUAGUUAAGACUGUUUAUUAUACGCAGAAUUACGUCAUGUUAAAAAGAACCCAUGGAAAGAACCUACAGAUCAACUAAACAACUGUAAUUGUUGCAUACUGUAUAUGUCUUUUAAUUUGUAGUACUAUAGGUUUAGGUAGUCUAUCUGCACCAAAUAAAUAUUGGUUCACAAUUGGCUUCUUUAUAUAUAUGUUCCAAUCUAACCAGGGAGCAGCGUGGCAGCGUCUUCA